AUGCAUGUUACUGCCAUAUUCACUGGUGGCUUCAUGGAUGGUGAGAGUGAAUGGAUGGAGGUGGCUCUGAGGAAGACCACAAAGAGCCUGAGGUCGCAGGAGGGUAAGAAGAAGUGGGAGAGCCGGAUGCUGAAGAAACAAAAGGCUUCUGAGAGGGCUGAGAUCCCUGUGAAUGGAUUCACUGACAAUGGAGCUGACUUUGAACAUGAGCAGGAUGGAGAGAAGGAGCGGGGGAAGGUGAAAAACAACUCAAAGAAGAACAAGCAGGUUUCAGGGAUUGGGUCUGAUAAACUCUUCACACUAAGGAAAACUACUGACAUAGGUGUUGAUGAGGCGAAGGUGUGCAGCUCUGCCAGAGUGUCAGGUCUACAACGCAGCCAAGAGCAGAGCAGCGACUCACCCCUUGAUCUGCCCGCUGCCAGCCCCGCCCCUGGCUCUCAGCCUGCAGGCAGCCCUGCCCCUGCAGCUCCUCUCACCACCACCCCACCUCCUGCUGUGUAUGUAAAGAAGGAGAGGACGUCCCCUCACAACCCGACCACGCCAACUCUGCCAGGGCCAGGCCUAUCCCAGCAGCAUAGAGGGGUCCCGCAAGCGAACCCUCCCCCAUCCCCCCACCUCGGGCGCCAUUCUUCUCCCUCGCCGGCCCUCCCCCUGUCUGUCUCAGAGCUGACCACACCCCACUUCUUCCUGCCAGGUCACGGGCAUCGCCGCCCUGCCGUGUUCACUAGCCCUGUGGGAUUACCAACCAACGGCACCGUAGGACGGUCCACUGGAGCAGGCUGCUCAGAGCACGACCUGCUUCGCCAGGAACUGAACAACCGUUUCCUGGCACAGACUGCAGAGAGAGGGGCAGGCUCUGGGCCACCUCUACUGAGGGCAGAGUUCCACCAACACACACACCAGCACCAGCACCAGCACCAACACCAGCACCAACACCAGCACCAACACCAGCUCACCUUCUCACCCUACCCCAACGGGUUGCCUCCUCAACCAGGCAUAGUCUCUACACCCCCAAAUAUGGGUCGCACAGCUGCCCUAAAUUUGGAAAAGUACUCAGCAAAACUGGAAAACCCUUACCUAAGACAUCAAAAUUUCUACCCCUCCUAUCCCCCAGCGAUGCCAGGCAUGCCAGCCCUGCACCCCCACUCAGGAGCCCCAGGACCUUUCAGCUCUCUGCAAGGAGCCUUCCAGCCCAAGCCUAUGGAUGCAGUGACACGGCCAGGAGAAGUCCCUCACAAUCUACUACCAAAGGACCCACGGAUAACUGAUCCAUUCAGAUCAUCAGCUAGGAAGGCUGGUAAAUGGUGUCUAAUGCAUGGCCAGAUCGCGUGGCAGAUUCAUCACCACCAGCAGAGAAUGAAGCACAUGCGCUUUGAUCCACAUCAGCUGAAUAUGAGUGGGGUGAAGAUGGACCUGUUUAGUCGGCCAGCUGCACCAGGUCUUCCUCCUGGACUGUCCUAUGGCCAUGACCUGGCCCAACCUCUCCUGUCCUCCUCAGGUCAUUUGUCUGCCUCACCAUUCAGCGCCCCCACGCAUCACGCCCACUAUCUACCUGCUAGCCACCUUACUGAUCCAUUUGGUCGAGCCAGUCACUAUGGAAACCUUGGACAACUGGCAACUAAUGCAUUUGGCGGCCUAGGUGCCCCAUCUCUUGGCCCAGGCAGCCAGUUUGGUGACAGGCAGGGCCAUGGGUUACCAGGUUUUGUCAGCCACCCUCAGGAAGCCUGGAACCGCCUGAACCGAAUGCCCCCCUCCUUCCCCACGCCUCCAGCACUGUCCAGGCCUGCUGAUGUGGCCCGCAAGCCCACAGUCCAGAGCAGCGAGAGGGAAAGGGAAGCUAAGAAAAGGGAUCACUCUGCUAUGAAGGAGGAGUCAGAGAGAGACAGAAAUUAUCUGGAAAGAAGCCAUCAGUCCACCCACACAUCCUCAGGCUUUCAGAUUAGUAAUCUGAUUGGCAGCAGCAGCCCAGGGAGGAAGAGGAGCAGCCCUGAUCAGGGCCGUCAGGCAGAGAGGGACGGCACCUCGCUGGGGAGGGUCCAAGUGAAGCAAAGCUCAUCUCCAGCGCUGGAGGUGCAGGAUAGGGGAUCCUCAAACCCUUACAACACAGUGAAGAACCACCAAUCCAGCGAGAGCACACAAACCCUGAAGGGACCUUUAAACAUAAAGCAGGAGCACAGAGAUGAGCCAGAGGUUAUGGGUGGCCCACUGGAGAUUACCCCUUUACUCCCACCAGGCCACCCUCACUCUCAGGCGCCACACCCCUCAUCAAAUCAAAGCACUGCAGGCAUGCUUCAGAGCAGCCAUCUACCUCACUCUCUACCCCUCUCCAUGAGCCCCAUGCACCCAGUGAGCAGCCUCAGUGCAAUGGAGCGAGCCCGUGUCCAGCCCUUCAUGGGGGUCAGUCCACUAGCAACAGUUCGAGACCACCGUGUGCCCCUUCACCUCUCGGGCCCCUGGGACCCACUUCGAGACCCCUACAGAGGCCUGUACCUGCAGAGCCAGCAGGUACAUAUUACCUAUGACCUUGAGAGAGGCCACAGACAGCGGGAGCAGCGGGAGCAACACCCCCACCCACAGCCGCACCUACAGGACAGGCACCGGCAGGCAGAGGAGAGGGCCAGGAUGCACCAGCUCCAGGGCUCUCCCAUGGAGGGCCACCUAGCCCACACACCCACCUUUAUGUCCUCCCUGGGUGGGGUGAUGUACCCCAGGCUCAGCCCCUCAGCUCCACACAGUGGUCAUCUGAACAGGACUCCUCCCACCGCCACUGUCAGUGCCCCACCCCCUCUGGUGCCCAUCUCCACCACCACAGCCCCUGGCAUACCUGCCACUCCUCGAAAGACCACGCCCACAAGUGCCCCACCCACUGGGGACCCCACCCCAUCCUGCAAUCCCAAAGAGGUGGAGGCACAGUAGCAUGGAAGUCUCUCAGAAAUAAGUGACAAGACUCUAUACAGUACACACUCAAUUUGAUGACAUUAAGUAAAAAUUGUGUAUUGUAGAUUAUAUGUUAAUAAAUAACAAGUUUAAGUAGUGAGUCUGCAUAGAAACUGUUGAAUAACUUAUGUUGGAUAAUGUUAUUUGAUAGUAAUAUAUGAGUAUUUUUUAUGUUUGUAAGAUUUAUAUUCCCUUUCUGUGUACAGAAGUAGAUUUUAUGAAUUUGUACAUUUGUUUGUUACACCUUUAUUACACAUUAUUUAUCAAUAGGUACAUCUGAAAAAAUAUGUUCUCCUCUUGAUUGAUAGUUUUUAGGUUAAUGUAACAAUGUUUCUUACCUGAAAAUGUUAUUGACUUUUACCUUCUGUAAAUAUUCACAUAACCUGUCAUUUGUUUCUAUAAAGAAUGUCUA